AUGGCUGAGAAAGUCGCGGUGAGAAUGAUGCAGGGGGGAGGAAAUGCUGCAUUACCUUCACGAGUCCUCGAUGCACGCCCGGCGCUCCGCUUGAUAGAAUCGAUCAAGCCGACCAAGCUGGACGAUCCGGCUCGCUUGUUGACAAGUAUGGAAACCGGAUGUUAA